CUCCGUCAAUGGGCUCCUUCUCCUUCCUGCCCGCCACGAGCCAUGAACCUGAAACCAUUCCUGUCAUCCCUCCCCCAGGACAGCCACGAACCCGCCCAUACCCAUCCCGCACCCAAACCCACCACCACCUGAGUCGGGUCACCCCAGACUCUGACCACCAAUUCGAUUACCACGCCCUCCUCGCAGUUCCGCCGUCAUGUUCUAUCUUCGCCAUGCCUGGCUCCUAGGGGCACUAGCCAGCCUGGUGGCCGCCGAUGAAACCGAUUGCAACCCUAUCAACAGCACAUGCCCCGCCGACGCGGCGCUGUCCACAGAGCACACAUGGUGGUUCAACCAAACGCUAGAUGACAAGCUUUGGGAUAUGCAGACGGGGGAGAUAGAGUACACGUCGGAAGGAGCAGAAUUCAGCAUCAAGACGGAAAACGCCUCCACCUUGUUGGUGUCGAACUUUUACAUCUUUUUCGGUGUGAUGGAGGCUCAUGUCAAGAUGGCCAAGGGUGCAGGUAUCAUCAGCAGCGUGAUCCUGCAGUCUGAUGACUUGGACGAGAUCGAUUGGGAGUGGGUGGGAUACAACACCAGCGAGGUGCAAUCAGACUUCUUCGGAAAGGGAAACACAACGACAAGUGAUCGCGGUGGCUACCAUGCUGUAUCGAACGCGGAUACCGAGUUCCACAACUACACUACUUACUGGGACAAGGAUCGUCUGGAGUGGUGGAUUGAUGGCGAACUGAGGCGCACAGUCAACUACUCUGAACCCCUCACCGUCUAUGGCAAGAACUACCCCCAAACGCCGUGCAGAGUCAAGGUCAGCAAUUGGCCUGUGGGUAUUGCGUCGCAGUCGAUAGGAAACAUCGAAUGGGGUGGUGGUUUGGUCAAUUGGACCGACGUCCCUUUUACUAUGACGGUACAGAAGAUCCGUGUCCAGGAUUUCUCCUCGGGCAAGGAGUACAAGUACAUCGGUCACAAUGGCUCUUACGAAAGUAUUGAGAUUGUCAGUGGAAACUCCACUGCCGCCAAAGAAAUCUCGAAGAAACCCGCCGAGACACUUGCCCAGAAAUGGGACAAACUGGGCACAGCAGCCCACAUUGGCGUCUACUGCGGUGCCGCUGCCUUCGCUGCUCUCUGUAUCGCCGGCUUUGUCCUUUACUUCCUGCGCCAGCGCCGCCAAGGUCGUCUCGAGCGCGCUCUUGGUGAAGGUCAGGGUACUGCCGCGGACCCGACCGAGAUGGAAACGUACAAAAAGCAAUGGAGACAGAGCGACUGGACGAAUCGUCGUGGUUACCAAGCAGUGGGACAAUAGCCUAACCCUGCUAUCUGCUCGUGGUGUUGUGCGGAAUGUUUUACGAUGGGUGAAGCACGUCGAUUUGUUCUCUUCUCUCCUUUUUUUACCCAUACUUGGAUACCGACUGUCUAUUGCGAAACACUUAGAUUUGUUACAUUAUUAUUUUUGAGAUACAUAUUGAGCGAUUUAAUGCGUGGUCUAUUUUUUGAGAGCAUUUAUCAUCCAUAAUCGUGUAUAUAGAUGGAGCGGUUUAUCGAUUAAUGUACAUUAUUGGGAAUACACUACCAUCAAAUAUUUUUCUAG